AUGUGGCAGGAGCACGUGUUUGGGGAGGUAGCGCGGUACAUCCAGUGGUGGUCCCAGUACCGCUGGUCAUCUUUUCAGCGCUCCAACAGCCAUGACAAGGUGAGGAAGAUCGUUGCUGAAGAAGGCCGCGCUGCUCGAAACCUCAUCGCCUGGAAUGUACCUCUGGAGAACAAAGAGGAGGAAGUUAAGUCCAAAAGCAACUCCAGUGGAAGUUCCAGGACCCAGAAGAUCAACUCUGGUCAGCACAGGAAUAAGAAACAGAAUGCUGGAGUCGAAAAUAAAGGCACAGCUCGUGUCAUGUUGGAAAAGGGGCCGGAGAAGAGCCCCAUCAAAGCCCGGCAGCCGUGCAAGGUGGACCUGCGAGCGCGCUACUGGGCCUUCCUCUUUGACAACCUGCGGCGGGCUGUGGACGAGAUCUACGUCACCUGUGAAUCAGGAAUCAGGAAUCAGGAAACAUUUAUUAGCCAAAACUUGGGCUUGAUGGACACUGAUAGAUGA